AUGGAAGUAAUCUUCGUUGCAGUGUCAACAAUGAGUAAUAAAAGUGAUGCAUCAGGUGAGGGUGCUGAUUCAGCAUCGGAUGUCGAAAUGAAACAUGUCGCUUCCUCUGACGAUGAACAAGUUAAGGAUUCAUCAGCAAAAGAUAAAUUAAAUCCGGAUAGUGAAGAUAAUAAGCAAACAAAAGGAAGACGUUCCACCCGUGCUACUCAUCAGAACAAGAAAGUGAUCGAGAGUGGUACAUCAGAAGAAGAUUCGGAUUCGGAUGUAGAAGCUGCGACAAGCAGUAGAAAACGUAAAACUGAUAAAAAAUUCAGAGGCCGUAGUAAAAAAGUGCGGGCUCAAACUGAUAGCGACGAAGAUAGCAGUGACGACAGUGACAAGAAGUCGUUAGUUGAUGAAUACGAUGAUGAUAUGUUCUUGGAUGAAGAAGAUCGGCGUCGGCUAGAAGAAAUGACGGAAAAAGAUCGAGAAGCUGAAAUUUUCAAACGUGUUGAACAGCGGGAAAUUUUACGUGCGAGACAUGCAAUCCAGAAGAAAAUCAAAGCUCAAAAAGAAGACAGCUCAGGUCUGUCAAAAAAAGAGAAAAAAGAGAAGAAAAGACGGGAAAAAGAAAAGAAACGAGAGAAAGAAGCUAGAAAAAAGAUCAUUGAAAGUGACAUCGAUGAAAGAAAUGGCGUGGAUGGAAGUAUAGCACUUUUACGUGCUGGUUCUGCGAGCGAUGGUAAAGAUAACAGCGAUGAAUACGAUGAGUUUCAACGUCCAUCAGAAAUCCAAAAAAAGCAGAAGCAGAAGAAUGCAAUGGCCGAUCUUGUUAAUCGACGAAAAGAGAAACAAGAAGCUGCUCAGAAGAAAAAGACACAAUCGCAUAAGUCAGAACUGGAUAUCGAUGAAGUGUUUGGAAAUGGUGGUAGCGAUGAUGAUUAUGAAAAGAGUUCCAGCUCGUCAAGUCGUUCGAGUAGUAGAUCUACAAGUAGGAGUACAAGCAAAAGUAGAACUCGUAGUCCGUCGCCUGAAAAAAAAAGAGAGGUGAAUUGCCUUGCUGAUUUGUCGAGGAUACGUUUAUCUCGUUUCAAAAUUUCUAAGAUCGUUCAUGCACCUUUUUUUAACAAAACGGUGAUUGGGUGCUUUGUUCGCAUUGGUAUCGGAAGAAAUAAAGAAGGCAGAAGUGUUUAUCGUGCAGCUCAAAUUCUGGAUGUUGUUGAAACAGCCAAAGUUUAUCAGUUGGAGAAUACACGAACAAAUAAGGGACUCAAGCUGAAGCACGGUGAAGAAGAGCGUGUCUAUCGCCUCGAAUUUGUUUCCAAUUCUGAGUUUACUAGUCAUGAAUUCAAUAAAUGGUACGAUGCUAUGAAAUCUAAUAAUCUCGCAAUCCUUACGAUAGAUCAAGUUGAAAAGAAGGAGGCGGAUAUUCAGAAAGCUGUCAAUUAUAAUUAUACUGACAAAGAUAUUGAACUGAUGGUGCAAGAGAAAAUGAGGUUUCAAAAAGCUCCUCUCAAUUAUGCUUUGGAAAAAGGAAAUCUUAUCAAACUUAAGCAAGAAGCCGAACAGUAUGGCAAUGUUGAGGAAGUACAGAUAUUGCAGCUACAAAUUGAUGAUUUGGAAGCAAGAGCCGCUGAAUUGGAACGACGUCGUUCACAAAGUAUUCGUGGUAUUAGUUGGAUCAAUCAACGUAACAGACAAGCCAUCAAAGACGCUAUUCUUAGUGGCCAAGUACAUAUUGAAACUUCCAGUCAAGAUGAUCCAUUCACUCGAAAGAAUGCGCGAAUGAAGCCUGUUCCUGGAAGAGAUAAAAUGACUCAACAAUUGAAUGAGAAGAGAGAUGCAAACGCUAGCAAUAAUGAUGAAUAUUGCGCACCAAGCUCACAGUCGAUUGUUACUGAGCUGAAUGAUCAAAAGCUAUCGUCUCAGAAAGAAGCCGUCAGUGCAGUUGGAGCGCGAAGCUCAAGUGGACCUGUUUCGGAUCUUUUCAAUGCUCAUAAUUUCGAUGUUGAUAUUGACAUUGCCAUACCGGCAGCAAUGACACUGUCUUCUAGUGCUCCGUCAUUCACUUCAGUGGAUGUCAAUUCAAGACACUCUGGUCUGGGCAGUAAUCGAUCCACAAUAAAUAGAGGAUCAUCUAGACCAUUAAGUCUCGAAGAUUAUAAACGUCGUAAGAAUAUGUUGUAAAUGCUUAGGAGAGAUAUGUCUUUUUCUUUUAAUUUGAAUUGCUUUGGGCAUCGUUUCAAAAUCACUUAUGGUUGAGUAAAGGUGAAAUGAAAAAGCCUUUCUACUAGUAAGUUUCAUUCUGUACACUUGCACGAAAU